GAUUCUCUCUCCUUUCCUCUUCUUCCAUUCAAGAAAGAAACCGAAGAGAGAGAAAAAUCAGCCGCCAUUAUUCUCUCACUACCCACUUUCUUUUUCUCUCUCCCACUACCAGUAAAAAAGAUAAGAAAUUUACUACAAGAGAGACAAAGAUCUCUCCUUUACUUAAAUAAACCCACUAAUCUUGCCUCUGAUUCUCGAUUCCUUUCUUCUCCAUCUGUAAUUCUCUAUAAGAUUCAUAGUUAGUUUAGAUAUAGAGAGAGAACAAAUCUUCAAGAAUUGCAGAAAAUGGGAAUUCACUCUGUUUUCCUCCUCCUCCUCUUUCUAACACUUUCUUCAUCUUCUUCACCUGUAACGGGUCAAACCCGACAACCCAUCAAAACCAUUGUCAUUCUAGUUCUAGAAAACAGAUCUUUCGACCACAUGAUUGGCUGGAUGAAGAAAUCAAUAAACCCAUCAAUCAACGGCGUUACGGGUCGAGAAUGCAACCCGGUUUCAACUAAAUUACACCAAUCCAAAUCUAUCUGUUUCACAGACGAUGCAGAAUACGUGGAUCCGGAUCCAGGUCAUGCCUUUGAAAACGUUCAACAACAGGUAUUCGGAUCCAAUAACUUCCCUUCAAUGUCUGGUUUCGUUGAACAAGCCUUAUCAAUUUCAACUAACCUAUCUCAAACCGUUAUGAAAGGAUUUAAACCCGAUUCAUUACCCGUUUACUCAAAUCUAGUAAAAGAAUUCGCUGUUUUCGAUAGAUGGUUUUCAUCAAUUCCGGGUCCAACACAACCCAAUAGAUUAUUCGUUUACUCUGCAACUUCAUUCGGAUCUACAAGCCAUGUCAAGAAACAACUUUUAACAGGUUAUCCUCAACAAACCAUUUUCGAUUCACUUCAUGAAAAUGGACAUGAUUUUGGAAUCUAUUUUCAAAACAUACCCACUACGUUAUUCUAUAGAAAUCUUAGGAAAUUGAAAUACAUUUUCAAAUUCCAUUCUUAUGGUCUUAAAUUCAAGAAAGAUGCACGUGAAGGUAAACUACCAAACCUCACUGUAAUCGAACCUAGAUACUUCGAUGUAAAGGGUUUUCCGGCAAACGAUGAUCACCCAUCACAUGAUGUCGCUAACGGUCAAAAACUUGUUAAGGAAAUCUACGAGACAUUGAGAGCAAGUCCUCAAUGGAAUGAAACAUUAUUUGUUAUCACUUACGAUGAACAUGGUGGGUUUUAUGAUCAUGUUCAAACCCCGUUCGAGAAUGUUCCUAACCCAGAUGGGAAUACAGGACCGGCUCCUUAUUUCUUCAAAUUCGAUCGUGUCGGUGUUCGUAUUCCGACCAUCAUGGUCUCUCCUUGGAUCAAGAAAGGAACUGUAAUCGGUAGACCAAAAGGACCAAAUCCAAAUUCAGAAUACGAACAUUCAUCAAUCCCAGCAACAAUCAAGAAAAUGUUCAAUCUUUCAUCAAAUUUCUUAACCCAUCGAGAUGCUUGGGCAGGGACGUUUGAACAUGUCGUCGGGGAACUAACUUCUCCAAGAACCGAUUGUCCAGAGACACUUGCGGAAGUGGUACCUCUGAGAAGAACAGAACCAGAUGAGAAGAGGGGAUUGUCGGAAUUUCAAAGUGAGGUGGUUGAAUUGGCGGCAGUUUUGAAUGGAGAUCAUUUUUUGAGCAGUUUUUCACAAGAAACGGAGAAGAUGAAGAUGAGUGUAAAGGAAGCAGAUGAAUAUACAAGAGGGGCUGUUUCAAGAUUUAUAAGAGCUAGUAAAGAAGCUAUUAAAAUGGGUGCUCAUGAUUCCGCCAUUGUUGAUAUGAGAUCUUCACUUACUACUAGAUCUAAACCAAACAACUAAAUUUGAACACACGAAACUAUUAAUGUAAAAAUGUCAUCUUUUGUUUUUGGUCGGGUGUUUGUAAUGUUUUCA